GGACAGGGCGUGUUCCGUGUUCCGGACGGGUUUGCGGUGAGCGAAGGCAUCUCUGCCAGCUGCACGCGUCUUGCAGGAGUUCUCUGGGUCCCCUGCUGGAACAUGUCCAAGUCUCUGAAAAAGUUGGUGGAGGAGAGCCGGGAGAAGAACCAGCCGGAAGUGGACAUGAGUGACCGGGGCAUUUCCAACAUGCUGGAUGUCAACGGCCUGUUCUCCUUGUCCCACAUCACACAGCUGGUCCUCAGCCACAACAAACUAACAACUGUGCCGCCAAAUGUAGCAGAGCUGAAGAACUUGGAGGUGCUUAACUUUUUUAAUAACCAGAUUGAAGAGCUGCCCACGCAGAUCAGCAGCCUUCAGAAACUCAAACACCUGAACCUUGGCAUGAACAGGCUGAACACGCUGCCUCGUGGCUUUGGCUCGCUCCCAGCUCUGGAAGUCCUGGACUUGACUUACAACAACCUGAAUGAAAAUUCUCUUCCUGGAAACUUCUUCUACCUUACCACCCUGCGUGCACUCUAUCUAAGUGACAACGAUUUUGAAAUCCUGCCGCCAGAUAUUGGGAAGCUCACAAAGUUGCAGAUACUCAGCCUAAGGGAUAACGACCUGAUCUCGCUGCCUAAGGAAAUCGGGGAGCUGACCCAGCUCAAGGAACUCCACAUUCAGGGGAACCGCCUGACCGUUCUGCCCCCAGAACUAGGAAACUUGGAUUUAACUGGUCAGAAGCAAGUAUUCAAAGCGGAGAACAAUCCCUGGGUUACCCCUAUUGCUGACCAGUUCCAGCUUGGCGUGUCCCAUGUUUUUGAAUAUAUCCGUUCUGAAACCUACAAAUACCUCUACGGCAGACACAUGCAAGCAAAUCCAGAACCCCCAAAGAAGAAUAAUGACAAAUCGAAAAAGAUCAGCCGAAAACCUCUGGCAGCCAAAAACAAAUGAGGGGCUGGCAGGCGCAGGGCUUCUGGACUCUUCAGCUAACUCUUCUGACCUCUCUUGCUCCUUCUCGCAAAUAAAUAUAGUGCUUGUGUGGCUUUUAAAAAACAUUUCUUUCCACUCUCCCUGUCUAGCUCUUACCAGCUUACCUUUUAAAUUCUUUUGGUAGGUGGUAGAUUUUUAUAUGGUGUUAAAACCAUUUCCAUUUGUUUCCUGGAAAUUGCCAAGGGCACAAAGCAGAGCUCUAAUUCAACUGCAAAUUCCAUGGUAGGCACAGGUUUCAAUGCUUUGAAUAGACACCACAAGCCUGCUUAUUAUCAAAAGAAUAAUUAAAAUCAUGUAACCACUUAAAUGUCACAGUUAACACUUUUCAUUCUUUUGUUUAUUCACACAACUCAUUAUUUUGCCUUAUUAAAAAGUCUUCCUUCACUGCUGAGCUGUAAUGUUCACUUAGCUUACAAAUGCUUUUAAUAAAAUCUUGAAUUUGUAUCACACGACGCUUUCUGACUGGAAAAAAAGAAUAAUCUGAU